AUGAGCAUUAGACUUAUGCACUUUUUAGACCAGCAGUUUGUUAGAAGAAAUUCACUUUUACCGGAUCGAAUAAGUGGACGAAAAUCAUCCAGACAUUUGAAACGAAAAAAAAAAGUAACACUACAUCGAGUAGAGCACACGGAUGUGACCGUUGAGUUACUCAGUGGAAGGCAUGUGGAAGUGAGUUGUCGUUCAGAUGCUGUGGCUUCCGAAAUUGCAGAUGUUGUAAUGAGGCAUUUGAAUUUCACAGAGAACUCGUUUUUUGGUUUAACAGUCCUGAGAGAUGGUGAACACUUUUUUCUGGAUGGUCAUCAACGCCUUGAGAAGUUUGCUCCUCCAGGUUGGAAAAAUGCAAGGCAACGUGGAUUAUCCAAAAGAUCUUAUAUGCUUUUUUUGCGUUUUCGAUACUACCCAGCUUCACUUGCUUUUAUACGAACUGAAGUUGUACUGCAUGAACUGUAUUUGCAAUUACGACGGGAUAUAUUAGACGAUCGCAUUUUGCCCAAACGUGAGCUGUUGUACACUUUAGCUGCUUUGGCUAUGCAAAGCGAAUAUUCGGAUCAACCUAACGCAAAAAUUUCAGAUUAUUUUGAUGCGCAGUACUAUAUCCCGAAGCGAUAUAUGGAUAGUCGUGACAAAAAAGCUGUAAUUCAAGAUUUGGUCGAGAAACAUGGAAAAUACCGUGGAAUGAAACAAAUUGAUCUAACACAACGCUUAUCUGAUUAUGGUGCUCAUUUAUAUCGCGUUUUUACGUCGAAACCAUCAAUUAAUCUUGGCAAUAUUCCUUUUGGUGACCCUCAAACUGGUGUAGCACAAUGGAUUGGAAUUAUGGCGCGCGGCAUUGUAAUUUUUGAAGAAGAAAGCGACGGUCGACAUGCACAAACUGAAUAUCUUUGGCAGAAUACCCAAACCUUGCAGUUUGAUAAAAAACGCUUUGUGAUUGUUUCUGAAAUCCACGAGCCAUCUACCAAUGUUUUCUAUACCAAUCAUUACUCGAAAAGUUCCUAUUUUGUGCGAUUUGCUGCUUCACAACAUCGUUUUAUGAUUAAAAUGCGACAGUGGAAUCAUACAUUAAGACACGACAGUCCAUUUCAGUUUCAUAAAGUACCAGAUGUUGGAGCAGAUACUGACUUAAUCAAGGAGGUUACAGUUUUGUUUUAUUUAAUAGUUACUAAAAUUCUAGUAGCUUUAUAUUUAUUGUUCGUUCAAAAAGGUGAUAACUAUGAUGAUGAAAUAUCUGUGGAUCCACUCUCUGAAAAUGUUGAUGGUUAUGUAUUAGAAAUUUCACUGAAAAAAGACCCAAGUACUGGCCUAGGCUUAACGCUUGUUGAUGGUAAUUUAAAUGGUGUGAAAGGCGUUUAUGUAAAGUCGGUAUCGGAAGGAGGAGCUGGGAGAGAGGGGGUUAUGAAUGUUGGUGAUCGACUUGUGAGUGUAAAUGAUGUAUCACUUGUUGGAAAGGACAGGCAUGCAACUGUGGAUCUGGUGAAACAGUGCUCUGAUAUUGUACAUUUAAAGAUUUUGAGAUUGGAAGCGCUUUCAUCUUCCCUUGUUACGGGUAUUGCGAAUAAAGGAGUGCUAAACGAUCAGAAAAAAGAUAACCAUUCAUUUUCUGUUAGUAGUAAAGGAACACGAUCAAGGACACCACCUCCUUCACGAAAGCAUCCGCAUGUUCUAAAAAAACGUACAAGAGCAAUAAGCGAUUUUGGAGCUGUGGGGGAUACUUUGCCUGAUUUGAACAGUGAAGAUUUACUGGCAAAUCUUAAAAAGUCCUUAUCGAAUGAAAGGGUUGAACAGCGAAUGGAUUAUGAUAUGACGGUAGCAUCAAUGUACAAAUUCGAAGACGUUGAUGAUGAUGUUACGGAACACUCUGUACAACAUUCUGCCAUAGUUCCGUAUUGUGUGUUUAAAUCUCAUGAAAGUGGCUGGCUGGGGUCAGAAAAGAGUGACGUCGAUCAGCAAAAAAUUAUCCUUCACCGUAACGAACUCGGUAGCCUCGGUUUUCAAAUCGCAUCCAGCGCAGGUAUCGUAUACGUAAAGCAGAUUACGGCAGAACCUGCACUGUCGUGUCCGAAUAUCAGUGUAGGAGAUAAAAUUAUUAUGGUUUUGGCUUUAUAUUUUGUUAAUCACAAACGAGUGGAAAAUAUGGCUCAUCAGGAUGUAGUGGAUCUAAUUAGAAAAAGUGGAGACAAAGUUGCGAUAUGUUUGGAACAUAUAGACAAAGAAAUGAUUGCUUUGGAUGAUGACGAACAGACCAUACGAGUCGUUCUAGAAAAGUCAACUACUGGUUCUCUUGGCCUUAGUUUGGCAAAAAAAACUGGUUAUGAUGGGAUCUAUAUACGAAUGAUUAGUAGUGGCAGUGCUGCAGAUAUUGAUGGAACAUUACAUAUUGGUGAUAGAAUUUGGAAAGUGAAUGGGGAUUCAGUGAGCAGUCAUACUCCCGGUGCUAUUGUUGAUUUAUUGAAAGCUGCAAGUAAUCCUGUUGAAAUUGUUGUAAAGCGAACCAUCAACAAGUAA